AUGGCGAACGCAGAAUCCCCAGACCCCAAUACAGAUCUUGUGCCAGUAUCAAAUCCAGAUGAGGAAGUAGAUCCUCUUGCGCCAGCGCCUGAACCUAAACUUCCAACUCGGAAAGAUGCCUCUCUAAAGCAAUUCCUCUCCAAGAUGGACGACUAUGCACCAAUAAUUCCUGAUGCUGUGACCAACUAUUAUCUUACCAAAGCUGGGCUGCCACCGCCACCUCAAACGGAUGAGCGUCUUGCUCGCCUGCUCGCACUGGCGACCCAGAAGUUCGUCGCAGACAUCGCAGCAGAUGCAUAUCAGUACUCUCGAAUUCGUUCAUCAAACUCUUCGAAUGCAAACAACCCGAUGGGCAAUCUUGGAGCUGCAGCAGGGUUCCCUGUCCCAGGUCAACCAACAACCGCACCUGGCAGCAAGGAACAGCAAGGCAGAGGGGGGCCUCUAGGUAUCCAGCGGCCGGGCUAUGGAGGUGGGGGACAAGGUGGUAGUCAGAACAGGACAGUGCUUACAAUGGAGGAUUUGGGUAUGGCAGUCGGCGAGUAUGGCGUCAAUGUGAAGAGGGGAGAGUUCUACCGAUAA